CAGGGUUGGAUUAAUGAAUUCCUUCAAUGGAACAAGACCGAUUAUAACGGAGUUAGAGUUGUACAUUUUCGGCCGGAAGAAAUCUGGUAUCCAGAUAUAACUCUUUUAAAUAAGUAAGUACUGCAAAAAAUUGUGAAGGAUCGAAAAUUAAAAGAAUGGUGCUUCACUGACUCGACUGAGGCCCUGGCUUAGAAUCACUGGCUAUCAUUGGCUAAGAGCAUACCGUUUGUUUUGGAAAUAAGCGCAACCUCCAAAUUAGUCUCGAAAUUAGUCAGUUAUCUGCUAGCAAAUUUGCGACUAAUCUGUAGGCUGUGCACACAUAGCAUUCUUUCCAAGAAUGAAUGCCAAACUGUCCUUCGUGCGGUGCUCUGUGUGUUUUCGUCAAAAAUAAAACAAUAAGUAGAUUCAGUUUUUGUGAUAUCCGAAAUAAACAGGGUCUGAAGGGCUCGACUGAUACACUUACUUCCAACCUUGAUUCAAGUCUGUUUCGUCUCAGAUGUCUUGCCAUAUUAUUCAUUUACCAUUUGAAAUCCCUAAGUUGUGUUUUUUAAAAACAACAGUGGUCUUUUUUUUUUUCUAUCGUAUGACAUAUGAAGCAAUUUGUACUGCGCUAAAUGACGCAACUUGUUUUGUUGGGUGUUCUAGCGGAGAUGAUGAAUCUGAUGAAGAAGGAACACCCUACGGAAGAGAAAUAAGCGUGCAGUCUACGGGAGGUUGCCUUCUUAGAGGCCCGGUCAUUAUAAAAGCCACUUGUAAACUACAGCUCACACAAUGGCCCUUUGAUAACCAAACAUGUAAAGUGUCAUUCGGUUCUUUUACGUCUGGCAAAGACAGAAUGAUUAUAAAGCAAGCACCAAAGAGAGGCAAAGGCCUAGGGGCUGACCUUAGUGGUAAGUUUUCCAAAAAGCAAUACUAAGGGAAUGUAAGCCGCGACGUUUUUGAGCGACGCACGUCAACCGAAGGUGUACUUUUUGUACUUUUGAGUCAUAGUUUGAAUACUUUUUGGGCAAAUCGUCUCUCUAUAAGAGAAAUAAUCUUAGCUGUAAAAAUUUAGUAGCGCAAGGCAUAUUAAAAGAGAAAACUUACGUAACCCAGGUAAAACAAAACUUGUCAUGUUUGGCAGCAGACAAAUGACUGCCAAAGUAAAUAACUUUCGCCUUUCUCUUUCAAAAUACAGGCUGUUCUGUAGUCUCCUCUAAGUGUUAAAGCCUUUUACUCCAACUCAAUUCUCUGCGAGAUGCGGCAUAAAGCUGCAAGAAAUGCAUAGGCGAAAGUUAUAAAGGAGAUCACAAACCCUUAACCUUCCUCCUCUGUCCUAUUCGUAAUUCUCUCGUUCCUUCGUCUCUCCAGUCUUCGAUUCGACUGGAAAGGAGCUGCUCGUAGCCUAGGAGCUUAGUUAAUAAAAUUUUUCAGAUUCAGUGAAGUCAGACAGACAGAUAGACACAGAGUGACUUUUGGGCAGACAGACCGUCAGACAAACUUUUAACUAGCCAAUAAUUUAGCCACACAGUGGUUAAAUGGCCAGUCACCUAAACUAAGUUCGACAAAUACAGUUCCUUCCAUCGGUCAGUCAAUCAAUUAGACUUUCCUGCCACAAGUAUACCUCACGAGUUUCGAAUUCUAAGCGAGCGAGCCACGAAGUCGCGAGAGAUCAAUCUGACGAAGGACUUUUUUUGAAAGUCUAUCAAUCAAUCAGCAUUAAUAUAAAAAUAUUUGAGGACACAAGGCUACGUUAUUAACAUGCUUCUGAGUUGUAAGAUUACUCCCUCAUUCAUUUCCAGAUCGAUUUAUAAAAAGUGGAGACUGGGAAAUUGACGAUGUGAUCGUCACUUCUGAGGAAACUAGCCAUGACGAGUGUUGUGAGAUUGACUUCAGCAUCAUGGUUUACACCAUCAAAAUAACCAGAAAGCCUUUGUAUUUCUUGUUUUAUCUGGUCGGGCCCUCUGGGCUGCUCUUAUUUCUCAACCUCACAAGCUUUCUCAUUCCGGUUGAGAGCGGAGAGAGGAUUGGAUUUGUCACUACAAUUCUGUUGGCUAUGACGGUGUUCCUCUUGCUCAUGUCAUCUCUCCUUCCAGAGACUUCGAGUGGGAUUCCUAAGCUUGGGUUUAGCAUGCUUAACACAUUGGUAAUCAUGUGUAUGGUACUCCUAUCUAAUAUUCUCAUACUCAAGCUGUUUUUCAUGGAAGGAAACCCUCCGGAAUGGCUUCAGAACCCUUUCCGCUUCUUCCGCAAAAAGAAUGAAAAACGAGUCGUGCAGAUUCAAGAUGUCUCCAGCGCAAAUGGGCAACAUUUGCCAAGUGUUGAGUCUCCUGCAAACAUUCACACGAUCCAAGCGUCAGAGGUCCCAGAUGGGAGUGACAAGCAACUCAAAGGAUCAGAGGAAAAAGGGGAGGUGCUUACCUGGAAGGAAGUGUCAAUCAAGUUGGAUAAGGUGUUUUUUGGCCUCUACGUUCUAAUUGUUGUAAUCUCGUACCUAGUGAUCUACUCAUAGAGCCAACGGGGUUCCUAAUAAAGCACAUACCACUUUGAAAAACACCUCUAAGUGUAAUGUAAAACUGUGGAACACAUUAUACUCGGCAAGGUUACGCACUUACUUAGUUGUUAUGGAGCGCGCGAGGGGAAUAAGUCAAAUAAGUCAAAUAACUUACUUAGUUAAACCAAACAAAAACCAAGAAAAUUCUUAGAUCUUUUUGUUCAAGUACUUGACUGCUUGGUCGUUCAGAUUUCAGUUUGGAACAUGCAAGAAACCCAGGUUUUCUUGUAUGAUGACGUUAUUUUACUACUACGACCAAAAUCCUACAGGGUUUGCUUUUUGGUGCAAACUAGGGGUUGUGUUAUUUAACCUAGCCUCGCUGGGAUUAUCAAAUUAAAAUACGAAAGGAAAAAUGAAUGAGAUUCUGGUCGAAGUUAGUAAAAUGACGCCAUCGUGCAAUUGGUGGGUAUGUUGUUCCAUGAAAGGGUUUUUUUGCCAACUUUGAGGAUAUCGCCAGAAAACUCUUUCGAGUGUUUAUGGACCUUUCGAAUAAUCAGUCAUCAAAAAAGUUAGCGAGAAAGGUCGCAAAGUUUGAAGUGUAAAAUUAAAAUACUUGAAUUAUUAAAUCUCUUCCUCGAUGUUGUUGUUGUUGUUUGCGCUCUAUUUAUAAAGUAUUUAUUAAGGAUUGUUUUAACAGUUUAAUACUGCUAUAGCUGUCUUUAAUAGUUUACAGUCUUGAAUUAUUUAUAAUCAGCCAAGAGUCAGUUAGUAACAUGGAGGACAUCUUCAUCUCGUUUACCUUUCGUAGAUUUCGUCAUUUAUGGGGUUUCAUAAUCAAAAAGCAUUUCUUAUUUUCAUGUUGAAGUUAAUUUUUUAUUUCAGGUAAUUUUUGCUUUUGUUUCAACUUCAUUAGCCAAUAUUACCAUACCCAAAAACAAAAACAAAAAACACAAAUUACCUGAGAUAAAAAUUAACUGCAACAUACGCAUGUACUCAGUUUAACAAUGUUAUCAAAUUUAAGAAUAUCAAGAAGUUUAGAAAAAACUGAUGACUCUUUAUUUUCAGGGAGAAAUAUGCAGCGAAUGCAUUCAAUUACCUACAUUUUUGAGGAAACACUCUAGUUAUAGUGCCCCCACUGAGGAAAGAAGUUAUAUUUAUUUUAGUAAAAUAAAAUAUUAUGCAGCUUUUAAAUUUUACAUGAGAUAACAAUGCUCAUCUAAUUUCAUAUAGUCAAUGACAACCAGAAAAACAAACAGACCGAUCGGCCCCUCAGAGGAAGUGCGUGACUGUUGAUGUACCGCAGAGAAAAUGAGAUAAACAUUCGAGUUAACCCUUUCACUGCCAGAGUGUUUGAUGGAGUUUUAUAAGGUGACUCUAACUUUUGAGUCUGUGGACGAAAUCCUAUGAUGUGACCAUUCAAAUGAAAGCUCUCUGCCUGUACUUUCACAUGAUGCUAUUUGUUUCUCAAAAUUUUAGAAAAUGAAAUGUGGAAAUUUGGUAGGAAUUUGCCUUUGGCUACAUUUGGCAGUGAAAGGGUUAAAAAGCAUACUAAUUUAAACACAACUGAAAAUUCCUAUAUAUAGUUACUAUAUUUAACCACCUGAGUGCAAACACCGUCAGAAACUCGAAGUUCAACUGGAGAAUAUAAUUUCUUGGCUUGGUUUACAAUUUUAACGGCCAUCAGAGAUGUUCAAGGAAACUCGUAUCGCUAAGAACCAUUCUCAAGUCACGUGAUUAGUAACCUGACUAUUGUCUUGAGGUCCAGCUCUUAUUGGUCAAAAAGAGCCGGUUUGAUCUGUUUGGUUAAUGAGCGUAUUAAAUGUUAAAGUUUCUUACAACUGGAAAACAAAUGCUCCAUAUGGAGCCUCGCCCAUACAUAUAAAGUCUUCAAAACAAGGGUUAAAAUCAUCUUUAGCUCUUACAUCAUAUCAGCGCCAAAACAUUUUUAGCUGACCUUCAGCUAAGAGUUAAUAAGAUCCAGAAGUUUCUGGGUGUGGUAAAAUGUAUUACCUUGCGCUGAUUCUAUACUUGCAUGGAUUAUUUCACAGUAAGUAUAUUAGAAGACUAUUUCUUCUUUUUUGGUUGUAUCUAUGCAGUUACUGAAACGUUAAUCUUCCAUUACAAGUCAAAGGAGAAGUAGAACGAUAUUUAAUUUGAGAUCGAUCGCUAAGAGCUUUAAAUUGAGUUUCUUUUUAACACAACGUCAUGCGUUGAGAUAAAAAUAUUUACGUGUUUGGUUAGUUAACGAAACGCCUUUAUCUUUGUUGUUGUUGUUGUUUUUUUUCUUAAAGAGUAAGACAGCGUCGAUGCAAAGUCAUGAAUUAAGCAAUUUUUACGGCCAUGGGUCAAUUAUCCCUGAUUAUCUCUAACUUAAGUUUAGCAGUUUCCUCAGCAUGGUAGGAAAUCCUAUGGUCUGCGAAUUGAGACGUAAGUUUAGCAUCUUUUUUUUCUCUUGGCUGCUGCUGUUUUCUGAUAUGCACGCGUGCCUGGUUAGAUUGACUUAAAAUACACCUGAAAAUAUAACAGAAAACCGGAGAAAAAAGUUUCAAACUGUUGUUCAAGCGUUCACUGGUGAUUGAAAGCGGGCCUUUGGACAGCGAAUAAUUUUGAAACUAACUUCGUGUGUUUUAGGCAAUCACUAGCUUCAAGGACAUUCAUAUCCUCCAAGUCUUACUAUUACAUAUGUUGAAUCUAUUGUCAACGGAAACUAAUGAAAUAUCCUUAACGUAGCUCGUUUACAGUUAUAAGCUCGUGUCGACUGGUCUAGGUCGUACUCGGCAUAGAACAAACUAAACUGAACUCACUAAAGUUUCUUUGUUGAGGAUUUCUCGAGUAAAAUCUGAAACAGCACUCAUUUAUUAUUUAGUAUUUACAGUCCCGUUGCUCAAAAGAUGUUUGUUUUUCUGUUGUUAUGUUAUCACGAUCAAAUUACUUGGCAUGCAAAGAGAUUUAAACAAAUAUUACCAUAGAAACUAGUUAGUACAUAGAACCGUCCAAGUAUGUUCAAACUGGCUGUCAGCAAUAAUUCACUAUAAACGAGUUUAUGCGAAAUAGAGUCGUGAAUAAGUUUCCCUGACAGUUUUGAAUAAAAGACUUAAAACGUUUAAAAUUUUCUAACGUGCUGAAACUUUAAAAACUCAUUAAUAAUUCGUAAAGAAAAAACAAAAAAAAAAGGUUUCAUGAGUGUCUUUAUAUUUGAUAACGACACAGAUAAACUUGACCAAAGCAACCCUAAAUCUAAGUAUUAGUGCAGGAAUGAGUUGAUAUAUAUCAGAGAUUUUGAUGCCGUUCAGAAAACUCUCAGCUUCCCCUCGAGGUUUUAAACCUGAUAAUACAUUCCUACUCGUUUUUUAAACAAUCCUUAACAUUGCGAGACAUUUGCAUGACACUAGUAAUACAACAAAAAAGGGCUUCCAGCAGUAAACAGCUGUUUCAUUCCCACUAUAGCAAACUAUAAUAGGUGCGGCGCUUAUUCGAGAGCGGCGCUUAUUUCAACUACGGGUAAAACGCUGAGAGGAAUAUAGAGAGAAUUAAGUGCGGCGCGUGCUAAGUAUGCACAGUUUAGUAUCAAAUAAGUACACCUCUAAUAUGAACUCCGUCUUAAGAGUUUCCUUACAUUACUGCGCUUUUCACAAACAUGCGAAUUCUAAAGUUCAAAAGCCAACUGACGAUUGUGUUUUUCGCUGCCGUCAAUCAUCUUAACGGACCUCUUAGGACACAAAACUUUACUUUAACAGGUUCAAAAGGUCAUGGUUUCUGAUUUGUGAUUGGUGGAUUUCGAUCCGUUUUGUGUGUUUCUCUGUUUCAAGGUUCGUUGCUUGUCAUCGUAAUUAUGAUUGACGGCAGCGAAAAACGCAAUUGUGAAGGCGGCUUGUGAGCUUUAAACUUUGUGAGCGCAGUAAACUUUAGAACUCACGAGUUGGUCAAGUCGUAUUUCUCCAGCGAUAUGGUUUUGAUAUCUCUUUAUAUCAACCUUUGACAAGGGGGGCGUUAUUUUGUAAAUGCCCAAAUUGGCGCUGAGUGUUUAUUCCAGUAGCGGCGCUUAAUCGAUCUUUUACAGUAUGCACCCUUUUUAAAUAUUAAAAACACUUCGGAACAAUGAACACUGAGAAACUGACAUUUUACUGUUCUUUUCAGGCUUGGAUUAAUGAAUUCCUUCAAUGGAACAAGACCGAUUAUAACGGAGUUAGAGUUGUACAUUUUCGACCGGAAGAAAUCUGGUAUCCAGAUAUAACCCUUUUAAAUAAGUAAGUACUGCAAAAAAUUGUGAAGGAUCGAAAAUUAAAAGGAUGGUGUUUAUCACCGACUCGACCGAGGCCCUGGCUUAGAAUCACUGGCUGUCAUUGGCUAAGAGUAUACAGUUUGUUUUGGAAAUAAGCUCAACCUCCAAAUUAGUCUCGAAAUUAGUCAGUUAUCUGCUAGCAAAUUUGCGACUAAUCUGUAGGUUGUGCACACAUAGCAUUCUUUCCAAGAAUGAAUGCCAAACUGUCUUCCGUGCGAUCCUGUGUGUGCUUUCGUAAAAAAUAAAACAAUUAUUAGAUUCAGUUUUUGUGAUAUCCGAAAUAAACAAGGUCUGAAGGCUCUGCUGAUAAAACCUUGAUAGAAGUCUGUUUGUCUCAGAUGUCUUGUCAUAUUAUUCAUUUAUCAUUUGAAAUCCCUAAGUUGUGUUUUUUAAAAGCAACAAUGGUCUUUUUUUUUUCUAUUGUACGACAUAUGAAACAAUUUGUACUUCGCUAAACGACGCAACUUGUUUUGUUGGGUGUUCUAGCGGAGAUGAUGAAUCUGAUGAAGAAGGAACACCCUAUGGAAGAGAAAUAAGCGUGCAGUCUACUGGAGGUUGCCUUCUUAGAGGACCGGUCAUCAUAAAGGCCACUUGUAAACUGCAGCUCACACAAUGGCCCUUUGAUAACCAAACAUGUAACGUGUCAUUCGGUUCUUUUACGUCUGGCAAAGACAGAAUGAUUAUAAAGCAAGCACCAAAGAGAGGCAAAGGCCUAGGGGCUGACCUUAGUGGUAAGUUUUCCAAAAAGCAAUACCAAGGGAAUGUAAACAGCGACGUUUUUGAGCGACGCUCGUCAACCGAAGGUGUACUUUUUGUACUUUUGAGUCAUAGUUUGAAUACUUUUUGGGCAAAUCGUCUCUCUAUAAGAGAAAUAAUCUUAGCUGUAAAAAUUUAGUAGCGCAAGGCAUAUUAAAAGAGAAAACUUACGUAACCCAGGUAAAACAAAACUUGUCAUGUUUGGCAGCAGACAAAUGACUGCCAAAGUAAAUAACUUUCGCCUUUCUCUUUAAAAAUACAGGCUGUUCUGUAGUCUCCUCUAAGUGUUAAAGCCUUUUACUCCAACUCAAUUCUCUGCGAGAUGCGGCAUAAAGCUGCAAGAAAUUUAUAGGCGAAAGUUAUAAAGGAGAUCACAAACCCUUGACCUUCCUCCUCUGUCCUAUUCUUAAUUCUCUCGUUCCUUCGUCUCUCCAGUCUUCGAUUCGACUGGAAAGGAGCUGCUCGUAGCCUAGGAGCUUAGUUAAUAAAAUUUUUCAGAUUCAGUGAAGUCAGACAGACAGAUAGACACAGAGCGACUUUUGGGCAGACAGACCGUCAGACAAACUUUUAACUAGCCAAUAAUUUAGCCACACAGUGGUUAAAUGGCCAGUCACCUAAACUAAGUUCGACAAAUACAAUUCCUUCCAUCGGCAGUCAAUCAAAUAGUCUUUCCUGCCACAAGUAUACCUCAAGAGUUUCGAAUUCUAAGCGAGCGAGCCACGAAGUCGCGAGAGAUCAAUCUGACGAAGGACUUUUUUUGAAAGUCUAUCAAUCAAUCAGCAUUAAUAUAAAAAUAUUUGAGGACACGAGGCUACGUUAUUAGCAUGCUUCUGAGUUGUAAGAUUACUCCCUCAUUCAUUUCCAGAUCGAUUUAUAAAAAGUGGAGACUGGGAAAUUGACGAUGUGAUCGUCACUUCUGAGGAAACUAGCCAUGACGAGUGUUGUGAGAUUGACUUCAGCAUCAUGGUUUACACCAUCAAAAUAACCAGAAAGCCUUUGUAUUUCUUGUUCUAUCUGGUCGGGCCCUCUGGGCUGCUCUUAUUUCUCAACCUCACAAGUUUUCUCAUUCCGGUUGAGAGCGGAGAGAGGAUUGGAUUUGUCACUACAAUUCUGUUGGCUAUGACGGUGUUCCUCUUGCUUAUGUCAUCUCUCCUUCCGGAGACUUCGAGUGGGAUUCCUAAGCUUGGGUUUAGCAUGCUUAACACAUUGGUAAUCAUGUGCAUGGUACUCCUUUCUAAUAUUCUCAUACUCAAGCUGUUUUUCAUGGAAGGGAACCCACCUGAAUGGCUUCAGAACCCUUUUCGCUUCUUCCGCAAAAAGAAUGAAAAACGAGUCGUGCAGAUUCAAGAUGUCUCCAGCGCAAAUGGGCAGUAUUUGCCAAGUGUUGAGUCUCCUGCAAACAUUCACACGAUCCAAGCAUCAGAGGUCCCAGAUAGGAGUGACAAGCAACUCAAAGGAUCAGAGGAAAAAGGGGAGGUGCUUACCUGGAAGAAAUUGUCAAUCAAGUUGGAUAAGGUUUUUUUUGGCCUCUACGUUCUAAUUGUUGUAAUUUCGUACCUAGUGAUCUACUCAUAG